AUGAUUACAUUUAAAUAAAAUUACAUUAUGGUAAGAUUGCAGUUAACAGCUGGAUUAUUUAGUUACAAAUAAAAAUGGAUUGUAAUUCCUCUACGAAAGAUUCAAAGACUCCAACUCUACGUCGAAUUAAAACCUCAGAGAAACAGAUCCAAGCAGGGAGCAGCGCAGACAAACAGCUGCUGGACAGUCAUGACAAACUCACAACAGGACAAAAGCCAUUGUCCAAGCCUGGACUACCUCUGGAGAAAAAAGUUGAACAAGCGAAGCAGAGGAGGAACUUUCUGAUCAACGAGCACAACAGACAAAAGUUUGCUGUGAAGGAGAAAGAGGCCAAGUUAAAGACGCUGCAGGAGUCCCUGAAGACCAAAAACCUCCAGCCUAAAAACUACAACAGUGAAGCUGCAUGUAAGCAGCGUAUACGGCAGCUGGAGAACAACUUAGACAAGAUGAAGAUGAAGAUGACAGAGGCUAAUGAAAUCCAGACGGCCUACCGACACAUCCGUGAUCACCUGCAGCAGGAGGUCCGUGACAUGUACAGUGUCCUGGAGCACAAAGAGCAUGCAGUGGCAACUGGACAGGCAGAGGUGGACAAAGCAACCAAAGAGCUCCAGUCAGCAGCAGCAGCUGCAGGCAGCACUCUGAACAUGGUGGUUGAGAUGGAACAUGAGAUGAUGGGAAAGAUCAGCCUGAUGGACAUGGAGCUGUGUGAACUGAGUGCAGAAGAGAAGGAGCUGAAAAGGCAAAUGAAGGCACUUGGAUGUGUCAGAGCCACACCCAGCAGGCUCAAAGAGCCGGAAGUUGAAGAAGAAGAAGAAGAAGAGGAAGCACACUCAAGUCCUGUCACAGCUCAUCAGUGUAAAGACUCGUGUGGUGCUUCUCAGUGUGACUUGAGGCUGGUAGAGGACAUGGACUCUCUGAGAGAAGCUCUGAGCUGUGCUCAUGUGCAGGAACUAGUUAACAAGGUGGUGUCCCAGCGAGCCACCAGGGAGCAGCUCCUCUCUGAGCUCAGCCUCCACGAGGAGCUGAGCCGGCAGGAGGCUGAAGCUCUGGAUCAUCUGGAGCUCCAGUACACACAACUCAAGUUCAGCGCCAAACCUGCAGCCACCAGGUUUGAGCAGCUGAAGGCAGAGCUGCAGACGAGGCUGAAAGAGGAGGUGAGCCGUGUUGAUGGACUGCGGGCCGAGCUGAAGCAGUCUGAGGACCUGCUGGUCGCUGUGGAACAGGGAGUCAACAACCUGUACUUCAGGAUGAGCUGCAUUCCUGUUGAGGGCUCGUCCAGGUCAUCCAGUACUGAGAGCAGAGACAAAAUGAGGGAAAUCUGCGCCCGCCUGCCAAUAUUACUGCAAAUAGCAUCAGAACACAAACCUGAGACCAGCGGUCUGGACCAAGACAAGGUUUACAGUGUGUUUGAGCAGCUCAACAGUAUGCAGCCAAGGAACAUCAGGAGACGGAGCAGCCCUGCAGGGACUCCCCAGCUCAGUGAUGAUGAAGAGGAGAGCUCUCCAAGCCGUGAGGAAAUCAAGCGCUGUAGCAUCCGACUGAUUGAGACGGAGCAGAACAAGAAGUUGUCGAGGAAGGGCAAGAGGAAGGAGUAGAGACACUAAUAA